ACGUGUGGAUGUGGAGGGCUCUACGUGGUGGUUGACUAACGUCAAGCAGUGGAGAGGUCGUCAGAUGGUUGACCGAAUGAACCGGUAACAGAUGAGGCCCCACUGUGUCUCAUUAUGUCCACGGUUGGUUGCAGUUAUCGUUUGGGUUCACGGUUGAAUAGUUCGCCCCACCCCCUUUCUCACCUUACCACCCAUAAUUUAUUUGCCAUCAUGUCAUCAUGUCAGCGUUUCAACCAAGCGUGACAGCGGUGCACCGGCUGCUCGACGUUGCUUCCCGGAUCCAUUAAGGUGUUCACCCAGUCGUCUUCACAGCCUUCAGUCAUGAGCCAGUCAUUGUGAUGUUUAUGUGGUGCUAAGAAGGUAAACUUACUGCACCACGGACCCAACCCGGCAGUCGUUUCACGGAACGAGGCCAGUAAGAUCACGGAUAUUAAUACAAGUUCGUGGUAGAUCGACGGGAGAAAGAAGGGAAACAAAGAAAAAAUAUCUGACGGUUGAUCUUUUGCAGAAUGUUGACUUUAUCAAACAUCGUACGGACCACGUUCACGCUCGCCAUUUAAGCUGCACAAGUUGGACAACGGUCCAUCCACAUCUGUAAAAAUUACCAGGGAGGAGGCUCUACAAUACUACAGAGAUAUGCAGAUCAUCCGACAAAUGGAAACCAAAGCAAAUGAAAUGUACAUGGAAAGAGUCAUCCGUGGAUUCUGCCAUCUGUACGCUGGAGAGGAGGCAGUGGCAGUGGGUAUGGAACAUGCUAUCACAAAGGACGAUUCAGUGAUCACCGCUUACCGUGCCCAUGGGUGGACCUACAUGCGGGGUGUCUCAGUUUUGGGCGUUAUGGCAGAGCUCGCAGGUAGAGCAUCAGGGUGUGCUAAAGGUAAGGGAGGCUCCAUGCACAUGUACUGCACAAACUUCUAUGGAGGGAAUGGCAUUGUUGGUGCCCAGGUACCACUGGGAGCAGGGAUAGCCUUAGCCAUGAAGUACAGCAAGAAAAGUAAUGUCUGCGUGACAGUGUAUGGUGAUGGAGCUGCCAACCAGGGUCAGAUAUUUGAAGCCUUCAACAUGGCCAAGUUGUUGAACUUGCCAUGCAUAUUUGUCUGUGAAAACAACAUCUAUGGCAUGGGCACCUCGGCAGAGCGAGCUUCUGCCAACACAGACUUCUACAAAAGAGGAGACUAUAUUCCAGGAAUAUGGGUUGAUGGAAUGGAUGUUCUGGCUGUGAAGUCAGCGACAGAAUUUGCCAAGGCAUUUGUUCUCAAAAAUGGUCCAAUCCUUUUGGAAGCAGACACAUAUCGUUACUACGGCCAUAGCCCAGCAGACACUCAAGCUAGCUAUCGGUUUCGUGAAGAGGUUCAGGAGGUACGCGAUAAACGAGAUCCAAUUAAUCAAAUGAAAAAGCGCAUUCUUUCAGCUGAACUGGCUACUGUGGAUGAUUUACAGAAUAUUGACAAAGAGACUGGUCAAGAGGUAAAGGUAGCAGCAGAGAGGUCAAAGGUUGAUCCUGAGCUUCCAGUAGAGGAAGUAUUCACAAAUAUCUACCACCAGCCACCUCCUGAUUUCCAUGUGCGAGGUUGUGACCCUACCAUCAAUGCAGCUACACUUAAACCAGUUCUCAAAGAAAGAAGCAGUUUAUUCAUAGAAUCAGUGUUUGGAUUUAAUUGAAAAACGUUUCCUAAUUCUUAUGUGAUGGAGGUUUUAAGUUUUCAAAACAAAAACUGUUGAUAAUCUUGAUGGGUUUUGUAGUGUGAUAAUUUGAUUGUAAGAAAUUGAAAAUUAGUUUAUCUGCCAUCGGUGCUUUUUGUUGUGUAAAAUCUAUGAUUAAGUGUAUGUUGAGAGUUUGCGGGCAACUACAUGUAGGUCGAGGGUGUGGGGUGUAGCGGUGUGGAAGGAGGAUGUCCUUUAAAAAUAAAAUCCCCAUGGAAAAGUGCUAUGAUUUCCACCAUCGUUUGAACCAAUUUUUAAAAUGCAAGACACUGGAAGACCAAGAAAAUAACAACUACAACGAUCAAGGCCGAUAUUUUUAGCACUGCAUUUUUUUCUGUUCUUUUUGAAUUUUGUUUCACAGUUAUGUCCAUUGUUUGACAAAGUUUGGUGGCUUUAUUUUUGGUGCUUAUUUGCUGGGUGAGGGGUAGGCAGCAAAUCGGCCAAAGAACGGCAGAAAUUU